GCAGAGGAUUGAAGGAGAGAGGGAAGGACUUGAAUUGAGGGAGGGAGGGAAGGGGGAAUAAGAGGGAAUAACAUGGAGGGCCAGUUAGAGAAAAAUAGAAAGAAAGAGCAGGAGAUGAGAAGGAGGGAUGAAUCGUUUUAAGAGAGGGGAUUGAAGGAGGGAGGGAAGGAUUUGAAUUGAGGGUGAAGGUGUGUUGUAUUCGAGUGAAUAAGAGUGAGGGUCUUCGAGUUAGAGAAAAAGAGAAAGAAAGAGUCAGUGAAGAGAAGGAGGGAGGGAGGAAUCUUUUUAAGGCAUGGGAUUGAAGGAGAGAGGGAAGGAUUUGAAUGGGAAGGUGUGGGGUAUUCAAGGGAAUAACAGGGAGGGUCUUCGAGUUACAGAGAAAAAGAUAAAGAAAGAGCAAGAGAAGAAAAGGAGGGAAGAAUCUUUUUAUCGAUUGAUGGAGGAGGGAGAGGAGGAGGGAGAGGGAUUGUCUAGGGGUACCUCCUUUUUAACGCCCUCUUCUCUUCUCCCUCCCUCCACAAAAUAG